AUGUCAGGAACAGACAUUGUGAAACUCCCGGGUUUAACGUCUUCUGACGAAAGUGUUCGAGUUGAUUUGUCUGAAGACUUCGAAAACGAACUUCAGUCUAGGUGUGAUUACGUGAUAGUUCUAAAAAAAGACAUAAAGAAGACCAAUUACUUCGAAUUUGUGCAGAAAUACGUCCAAUACUUGCAGGAGCGGGGUAUCGAAAUAGAGCUAGUUUUUGGAAAUAUACCUGAAAAUGUGUACCUCAAGCUACACAUAUCUGAACGAUUUAUUCGACAACUGGCAGAUGCUUAUGAAAUUGAUAUCGAAAACACUGGUCACUAUUACUUUUCAGUUUCGUCUAUCAACCUCAAGAUCAGUCAAACUCCGGUAACACUUAACCAAGACCUUUUUAGGCGACAAGGCGAGGCCACAAAUCUGGAACGGAUUCUAAUAUUAUAUCGUUUGUUAAACGAUGCUAGAUUUGGCGACAGUCGUUUUGAUAACUACUACGGAAUCCAAAAAUUGCAAAGCAUCGGCGCUGUGGUGGAUCACUUCCCUUUGCACGACGGGGAGUGUGAAUACGACGAAGAUUCCGAUUUUUUGAACGACAGACAGAUACUAUUAAAAUACUGGGCCAACUUUUCCAUGUGGUACAAAGAACAGCCUCUCAAUCUCAUCGAAAAAUACUACGGUACUGAAGUAGCUUUCUACUUUGCAUGGUUGGGACUGUACAACUUUAUGCUCAUUCCGGCUUCAGCGAUUGGAGUGUUUAGCUUUUUGAUGAGCGUGAUAUAUUUAGUGUCAUCACACGACGUCAGAAUAGAGGAGAUUUGCAACAGUAAGAUAAUGAUGUGUCCACCAUGUUCGCAAGGGCAUUCUUGUGUUCUCUAUCCUUUAAAGAUGGAGUGUUACUAUUCACGAAUGACACUACUUUUUGAUAAUUUCGGCAACUAUUUAUUCGCGAUUUUCAUGUCUUUUUGGGCGACUGCAUUUUUAAACAUGUGGAAACGAAAUGAAAAGAUUUUGAAGAUACGAUGGAACGUUGAACACGUUGUUUCGAAAUCUGAAACCCGAGUGCUGUUUAAUGAAACGUCAGAAUACACACCUAUGAAGAUCAAAGCUGCUUACUACUGUCUGUCUUAUACAAUGUGCUUACUUUUGAUAGGUGUGGUAGUCCUGGUCGUCUUUGGGGUGAUAAUGUACAGAAUAUCAAUAGCUGCCCUUAUACGUGUGAGUCAAAUCCAGUACAUAACUCUACACUCUUUGCUCAUAGAAAGUGUUACAACCGCUCUUCUCCAACUAUUCUUUAUCAAGAUAUAUGCAAGGUUUUACACACCAAUGUCAGUGUGGUUAACACAAUUGGAAAAUCCAAGAACGCAACUAGAGUACGACAAUUCUGUUAUCUUCAAGAGAUACCUCUUGUCUUUUUCUAAUAAUUAUGCCGCCAUGUUCUACUUAGCUUUUCUUAAGGGUAGAUUUUAUUCGCCGGCUCAUACUAUAGUAGCGAGCGUCAGGGCAGACCUGUGCCUGUCUGUCGGAUGUACCAUGGCUUUAUGUAUUCAGCUCGUAGUUAUCAUGCUUAUCAAGUCUUUAUUGGGCAACAUUCUAACACUUUUUAUUCCGAUGAUCUCUCAACGGUUCAAAAAGAAAGAAAAAAAGCAAGAACAGACUGUAUCACCACAGUGGGAACGAGAAUUUCUUUUAUAUCCAACGGGAAGAUAUUUGCUUACGUCGGAGUUUAUGGAUAUGAUCAUACAGUACGGUUUUGUGACUUUCUUCGUCGCAGUAUUUCCUCUAGCACCACUCUGUGCAUUGAUCAACAACUGCCUGCAGUUACGUUUAGACGCUUACGAACUAGUGACUAGAUACAGAAGACCCAUACCAAGACGAAACCCAGGAAUUGGACUAUGGAACAAUAUUAUAGAAAGCAUCACACACCUUAGUAUAAUCACAAACGCAUUCGUUCUAGCUUUUACAAGCGACUUUGUCGCUAGAGAGAUCUUCAAAUACAGGCAUAACUCUUUGAAAGGGUACAUCCAGUCUGCUCUCUCAGUUUAUGAUAUGAAAGACACUUUAAAACUGAACGAUGUCAAACUCCGGGACAAUAAUUCGACAAUUUGCCACUACACAGCUUUACGUUACCCGCCAGAUCAUCCCCGAAAGUACGAACUCACCAACGAGUACUGGUUCCAAAUCGGAAUGAGAUUAUUGUGUGUGAUCGUGUUCGAACACGUGAUAUUCCUAACCAAUGGAAUAUUUUCGUAUCUGGUACCCGAUGUCUCCCAGAAAUUGAAAGAAGGUAUCAAGCACGAGAAAACGAAACCGUAUGAGUUGAAAAAGGCCACCAUGGAAAAAAACGCGACACAGAGAAGAUUCCUAGGUGAAAAGGCGAAGGUCGUCAUCAGAAGAAACGUUUCUUAA